AUGACGGUUUUAUUAAUAAAAUCGAUUUUACUGGCAAUAAUGGCCGCCGUCUCCGUUCUAUUUGGCCUACUUCCAAUAAAGCUUCUUCGACUGAUCAACGAUCCAACCAGCCAUUUCUUCACCGGUCGCUCGUCACUUCUCAUUUCUCUUCUUUCGUGUUUUGCCGGAGGCGUUUUCGUAUCAGUUUGUUUUCUGGAUAUGCUUCCAGAUGCUCUAGAUUCUUGGGAAGAAGCGAAAACGAAUAUGGAAUUCGAUUCCGACUAUCCAUUCGUUACACUUAUUGCGCUCAUCUCAUUUUUUGUUGUUUAUCUUUUUGAAGAAACCUCCACGCUGAUUUGCGAUGUUCCACACGCUCAUGUCAACUCAAAAGAGCAUCUAUCGGUUGUCAUGCCCCAACGAGAUCGUUUUGCGACGGUUGGAUCAAUCUUCAACGUCGACAAAGGAAGCGCUGAAAUAAAUGGAGGAGAAGCUCGAAUCAGCCGCAGCCUUCUAUUCGUCACUGCGUUCGUCCUGCACGUUUUUCUUGAAUGUUUCGCUUUUGGAGUACAGAAUGAUAUCAAAUCGGCGAUGUCGUUGUUUAUCGGAAUUACAAUUCACAAAGCGAUUGUUAUGUUCUCGAUUGGAAUGAAAUUAACAAGAAAUCAUCCAAUUCGUUGGUGGAUCGUUAUGAGCCUUGUCGUUUUCAUUGCAUUUUGCAAUGUUCUUGGAGGCUCAAUUGGAAUCAUUAUUGAGAGUUCAAAUAUGAAUACUACCGAUAAAAGCUUAACAACGGCCAUUUUGAUGAGCAUUUCUCUUGGGACAUUCAUUUUCAUCUCAUUUUUUGAGAUGUUAGCUCCAGAACGAGCCAAUAAUCAUUCAAAUAUUCUACAAUGUUGCUCGGCUAUGCUCGGAUUUGUGAUAAUUGCGGGUGUGAUGUGCAUUUGA